UCGCUCUCGCUCGCACAAGCGGAGCAGGACGUCAGACUCGAGAGUGGGGAGAGGGACUGGGGCUCGAGGGACAGGGCUAGAGCGGACGCGUGUCCGCGCCUCCGAGGUGGCAGUAGGCAGUGUCGGGUGGCGAGGCAACGAUGGAGCUCCUGAGGACUAUCACCUACCAGCCGGCCGCCGGCACCAAGAUGUGCGAGCAGGCUCUGGGCAAAGCUUGCGGCGGGGACUCAAAGAAGAAGCGACCGCAGCAGCCUUCUGAAGACGGGCAGCCCCAAGCCCAGGUGACCCCGGCGGCCCCGCACCACCAUCACCACCAUUCCCACUCGGGACCCGAGAUCUCGCGGAUUAUAGUCGACCCCACGACGGGGAAGCGCUACUGCCGGGGCAAAGUGCUGGGCAAGGGUGGAUUUGCGAAGUGUUACGAAAUGACAGAUCUGACAAACAACAAAGUCUACGCUGCAAAAAUUAUUCCUCACAGCAGAGUAGCUAAACCUCAUCAAAGGGAAAAGAUCGACAAAGAAAUAGAGCUUCACAGAAUCCUGCACCAUAAGCAUGUGGUGCAGUUUUACCAUUACUUUGAAGACAAAGAGAACAUUUACAUUCUCUUGGAAUACUGCAGUAGAAGGUCCAUGGCUCAUAUCUUGAAAGCAAGAAAGGUGUUGACGGAGCCAGAAGUCCGAUACUACCUCAGGCAGAUUGUGUCAGGACUCAAGUAUCUUCACGAACAAGAAAUCUUGCACAGGGAUCUGAAGCUAGGGAACUUUUUUAUUAAUGAAGCCAUGGAACUGAAGGUUGGAGACUUUGGUUUGGCAGCCAGACUGGAACCACUGGAGCACAGAAGGAGAACAAUAUGUGGAACCCCAAAUUAUCUCUCGCCUGAAGUCCUCAACAAACAAGGACAUGGCUGCGAAUCAGACAUCUGGGCCUUAGGCUGUGUAAUGUAUACGAUGCUGCUAGGACGACCUCCAUUCGAAACCACGAAUCUGAAAGAAACGUACAGGUGCAUAAGAGAAGCACGGUAUACAAUGCCAUCUUCAUUGCUGGCCCCUGCUAAGCACUUGAUAGCUAGCAUGCUGUCCAAAAACCCAGAGGACCGCCCCAGUUUGGAUGACAUCAUUCGGCAUGACUUCUUCCUGCAGGGCUUCACUCCAGAUAGACUCUCUUCUAGCUGUUGCCACACAGUUCCAGACUUCCACUUGUCAAGCCCAGCUAAGAAUUUCUUUAAGAAAGCCGCUGCCGCUCUUUUUGGUGGCAAAAAAGACAAAGCAAGAUAUAACGACACACACAAUAAAGUAUCUAAGGAAGAUGAAGACAUUUACAAGCUUCGGCAUGAUUUGAAGAAGACAUCAAUAACCCAGCAACCCAGCAAACACAGAACAGAUGAGGAGCUCCAGCCACCUCCCACUACCGUUGCCAGAUCUGGAACAUCCGCAGUGGAAAACAAACAGCAGAUCGGAGACGCAAUUCGGAUGAUCGUUAGAGGGACGCUUGGCAGCUGCAGCAGCAGCAGUGAAUGCCUUGAAGAUAGCACCAUGGGAAGUGUUGCAGACACAGUGGCAAGAGUCCUUCGAGGAUGUCUAGAAAACAUGCCUGAAGCUGACUGUAUCCCCAAAGAGCAGUUGAGCACGUCCUUUCAGUGGGUCACCAAAUGGGUCGACUACUCCAACAAAUAUGGCUUUGGGUACCAGCUCUCAGACCACACUGUUGGAGUCCUUUUCAACAAUGGCGCUCACAUGAGCCUCCUUCCAGACAAAAAAACAGUUCACUAUUAUGCGGAACUUGGCCAAUGCUCUGUUUUCCCAGCAACAGAUGCCCCUGAACAAUUUAUUAGUCAAGUGACGGUGCUGAAAUACUUUUCUCAUUACAUGGAGGAGAACCUCAUGGAUGGUGGUGAUCUCCCUAGUGUGACUGACAUUAGAAGACCUCGGCUCUACCUCCUUCAGUGGUUAAAGUCUGAUAAAGCCUUAAUGAUGCUCUUCAAUGAUGGCACAUUUCAGGUGAAUUUCUACCAUGAUCAUACAAAAAUAAUCAUCUGUAACCAGAAUGAAGAAUACCUUCUCACAUACAUCAACGAGGACAGGAUAUCUACAACUUUCAGACUGACGACUCUGUUGAUGUCUGGCUGUUCAUUAGAAUUAAAAAAUCGAAUGGAAUACGCCCUGAACAUGCUCUUACAGAGAUGUAACUAAUUGAGCACAUUUUCUUGAGCGGACCUCAUGGGACUCUUUUCUACUGUGAGAUCAACAGGGAAGCCAGCGGAGGGGUACAGAGCAUAUUAGAGAGAUCGGACAGGUGGUGGUACGAAUACAAUCCCACUGUGGCCUGCUGGACUGCUGGAACCAGACCAGCCUAAGGUGUACAGUUGACUGUGGACAAUCCUAAGUGUGGAGCUGUGUGCAGUUUUCCCUGAGAUACCUGUCUUUAAAAGGUUUAUCGGACAGUUUUUGCAGAAAGAUUCAUUGACUCUGAAGUUCUCUCUGUGGAGAGCGUUUGUUUUUUUGUUUUGUUUUGUUUUUGUUUUUUUCAGUUGGAAGACUUGGAACUGUGAAUAUACUUCCUGAAGGGGAGGGACAAGGGAGGAUGCUCCCUUGCUGUUUAAAGGCUACAAUCAGAGCAGCUUUUGGCUGCUAAACUGUGAACUAUGGCCAUACAUAAUUUUUUUUUUUUUGUUAUUUUUGAAUACACUUGUGGCUGGAAAAGUGCAUUCCUUGUUAAUAAACUUUUUAUUUAUUACAGCCCCAAGAGCAGUAUUUAUUAUCAAGAUGUUCUUUUUUUUUUAUGUUGACCAUUUUGAACUCUUGGCAAUAAAGAGUAUGAAACAGA